AUGCCGUCGCUGAUGUCGCUGACGCCGUGGCGGAGGAAGAAGAGGGCGGCAGGGGGGCCGGCGCGGCGGCGGGGCACCUCGCUGGGGGCGCUGUGGCGGCGCCUGGGUCUCAAUUCAAGUUUGGCGAUCAGUGUGGGUUGCUGUGUCCCACUCCCACCAUUGCAUACCCCCGAGUGGGAACUCAGUGCACAAACAUGCUUCGUGAAGCACUACUACAUGGUUUCCAUUCGGUUGAUUUCUGGGCUCCUAGUUCAGUUUUGGUGCAGCUACAGCACACUGCCGCUGAAUGUGAUUAUUUCUCAGAUGGGUUCCAAGUUCAAGAAAUCACUGGUCUCGGAGAACGUGAGGGAGUCGCUUCACAGCUGGUGCAAGAGGGUCAAGGACAGGAGCCGGCACGGGACCCUCACGACCAGAUCCGUCUGCUCCCUGGACACCACCUACGAGACGGAUCACGAGACGAACACAGUGUGCACGCUGUCGAGGACGGCGUCGGCGACGUCGCUGGACGACCAGCUGACCGUGGCCACCGUCGACGACGAGCCGUCCUGCAUCGAGAAGGAUGUCUGA